UAAUAAACAGAGAAAAGUGUCAUCUGUACGAGCCCUCUUUAAAUGUACACAUCUCCAUGCUGUCGCUGAGAUCCAACUGGUAGCAAAGAGCUUCCCUCCAACAGAUUGCAGGUGGCACUGAGGUCUGCGGGCCUGCAGUACUCCCACUGCCUCUUAAUUAGGCUUAAGGGCAAAGCAGAGUCACUGAGAAGCUGAAAGGGAAUUCAGGAUUUAGGCAGAUGGUCUGAGAUCUCACAGGGAUGGAGUGCACACUUUCUCUAAUAGAAAGUGAGGGAUGGAAGGAGAAAAAGAAGGGGAGGUGCUGGGGAAAGGUGGCGACUGAGAAGGGCAUUUGGACUUUUUUUUUUUUUUUUUGCAGAGGAGGAGAGCUGUUCCAUAACAGCACCUCUCUGAUCAAAUACACAGUUCCUGAUGUAUACUUGUACUUUCAAAAGCAUGCAAACGCAGUGUACGUGCAUUGUUGUGUCGCACCAGAGAUGCUUUGGUUGAUGGAUAACAGAGGAGACUUUCCAGUGAGAUUGACAGCAUUCGGUAUUUUCUGCACUGUGCUGAUGUGAGAAGCGAAAGUGCACGUGACUAAAGAAGAUGCAGCUUGUGGAUGUGAGAAAUUAUUUUUUAAAAAGUCAGAAUGCAGGAGAAAGUCUUUCCUAAAUGUGUUUAAUGAAGGUCCAAAAUGUUGAGCUGUGUUUUAAAGUACCUGAGGUGUUUGAGCAUCAUGUUUAAACGCUGGUUGUUGUCGCUGGUGGCCCGUGUUGGCCUUGUUAUGCUGCUCCUCUGCUGCUGUCUGGCUCUGCUGUACCUCAUGGCCUGCAAGCCGACAUCUCACCGCGGCCAGCAAGCGCCACCGUGGUCGGCAGGAGCCACCAGCAAGGAGAGAUACAUGGCCUUACUGCAAGAGAGGGAGGACUCUCACAGACAUUACAUCAACAGCCUGACAAAACAGAUUGCACAGCUGAAGGAGGCGCUGCAGGAGAGGACGCAGCAUCUGCAGGACUCCCUGGAGAAAGCAAAAGCCAAAGGUGUCCUGCCGCAAGGUCUGGAGAGCCUGCACAAUAUCCCGACACAGUCUGACCUCAAGGAGUUUUUCCACUCCCAGUUGAAGCAGGCUGAGGUGAAUUCAGGCAUUAACCUGCCCAGUGAAUAUGCACUGAUUCCUUUUGACACCUUCACACUGCAGAGGGUGUACCAGCUGGAGACGGGGCUGACCAGACACCCUGAGGAGAGGCCUGUGAGGAAGGACCACCGAGACGAGCUGAUCGGCUCUGUGGAAACAGCUCUGCAUGUCCUGAAUGCCCCUCAGCAGCACGCGGACAGUGACAGACGGAAGCGAGCGUACGGCCCGUCAGAUUUCCUAGAGGGGUUGACCCGUACAGAGAGGGACAGAGGAACCAUUUACGAGCUGACAUUCAAAGGCGAGGGCCCUCGGGACUUCACACAGCUGGUCCUCUUCCGGCCGUUUGGCCCGGUGACAAAGGUGAAGAGUGUGAGGGUGGACAUGAGCAGCACGCUCAUCAACAUCAUUGUGCCUCUUUCCAAGAGGGCCGAUGCAUUCAGACAGUUCAUCAGUAACUUCAGAGAAGUGUGUAUCCAGCAGGAUGGCAGGGUCCAUCUCACAGUGGUCUACUUUGGAAGAGACCAGAUGGACCAGGUUAAAGCUGUACUGGACCAGACCACGAGGGAGACUCAGUUCAGGGGCUUUACACUGAUCCAGUUGAAUGAGGAGUUCUCUCGUGGCCGAGGGUUGGAGGUGGGCACCCGGGCUUGGAGACGGAGCCAUAAUGCUCUGCUCUUCUUCUGUGAUGUUGAUGUCCAUUUCACCGCAGACUUCCUAACGUCCUGUCGUCUGAAUGCAGAACCUGGUAAGAAAGUGUACUAUCCAGUGGUCUUCAGCCAGUACAACCCAACGCUAAUUUACAAUAACCAGACAGCUCUACCUUCUGUUCUACAACAACUGGUGAUAAAGAAAGAAACUGGCUUCUGGAGAGACUUUGGGUUUGGUAUGACGUGCCAGUACAGGUCUGACUUCAUGAACAUAGGUGGGUUUGACCGGAAUAUUAAAGGUUGGGGGUUAGAGGAUGUGCACCUGUACAGGAAGUACCUCCACAGUAAGCUGAUGGUGAUUCGCUCUCCAUCUCGUGGCCUGUUCCACUUGUGGCACGAGAAAACAUGUGCAGAUGAGCUCCCACCUGACAAAUAUAAGAUGUGCAUGCAGACCAAAGCCAUGAGUGAAGCCUCACACAGCCAGCUGGGGGAGCUGUUCUUCAAACGAGAGAUUGAGGCCCACUUGAACUCCCACAAGCUGAAGAACCAAGAAAGGAAAUGAAUAAGGACACCAGAAUCAGGUUGAUAUGGACAUGAUAUAGACUUUAUAAGUCACUAUUAGUCUCAAUUUAGUCCCUCUUUCUCAUGGGAGGGUCUUGUUCCAAACAUAUUUAUUGACUGUGAGGAUACGGUGACCAAGCAAGCCAUGGAUUUAUAAAUCUGAACAUGUGGUGCUGAUAGUAAAGCUUCUACAUCAAUGCACUUUGGAUAUUGAACACUUUGGAUAUUGAACAAACGUGGUGGACUGGGAGAAUAUUAUUUUGACUGUACAAGUAAAAAAGCAGAUAUCACCAUCAAACACCAUGUAAUUUAAGACAAAAUCAACUUGAUUGUUAGCCGUUAUUAUUGAAGAAUAGUGUGGUGCAUCUGAUGGACCGUGGUGUAUUCUGGAGGG